AUGGCUACGGGGAGUGCCCAGGGCGCCUUCACCGGACACACCAAGAAGACGAACGGCGGCAAUGGCACCAACGGGGUGCCCGUCCAGAGCCCUUCUAACCAGAGUGCCCUGGGAGCAGGGGGCGCCAGCGGGAACGGGAACGCGGCCCGAGUGUGGGGCGUAGCCGCUGGCCCCAGCUCGGGCCCAGCUCACUGCCCCCUCGGCGGCGGGGAUGGGAAAAUGGACAGCGUGGUCGGAGACGGGAGAAGCCAGAGUUGCUGGGGUGCUUCCAACUCCAAUGCCGGCAUUAAUCUUAACCUGAACCCUAACGCCAACCCAGCUGCCUGGCCCGUACUCGGACACGAAGGAACUGUGGCGACAGGCAACCCUUCCAGUAUUUGCAGUCCGGUCAGUGCCAUAGGUCAAAACGCGGGCAACCAGAACGGGAACCCGCCGGGCACUUUAGGUGCUUGGGGAAGCCUGCUGCCGCCGGAGAGCACAGAACCACAAACGUCCGCUUCUCAGAAUGUGUCUUUCAGCGUACAACCUCAGAACCUUAACACUGAUGGACCAAAUAACACUAACCCCAUGAACUCUUCGCCAAACCCUGUCAAUGCAAUGCAGACGAACGGACUGCCAAACUGGGGCAUGGCCGUCGGCAUGGGGGCCAUCAUCCCACCCCACCUGCAAGGCCUUCCUGGUGCUAACGGAUCCUCGGUCUCUCAAGUCGGAGGGAGCGGCGGCGAAGGACUCGGCGGUUCCGUGUGGGGCCUGUCCCCGGGUAACCCUGCCGCGGGAAGCAGCAGCUCUGGCUUCAGUCAGGGGAAUGGAGACACUGUGAACUCGGCGUUGAGUGCUAAACAGAACGGAUCCAGCAGUGCGGCGCAGAAGGAAGGAAGUGGCGGUAACGCCUGGGACUCGGGCCCUCCUGCCGGCCCCGGGCUCCUCGCCUGGGGACGGGGCGGCGGCGGCAACAGCAGCGGCGUCGGUCACAUCCAUUCGGGGGCUUGGGGCCACCCCACCCGAAGCGCCUCUAACGGUGUGAAUGGGGAGUGGGGGAAGCCCCCAAACCAGCAUUCCAACGGCGACGGCAACGGGAAAGGAUCGACAGGGUGGGACGGUCCGAGCGUCAGCGGCCAGAAUGCUGCCGUGCAGCCCGGCAGCGAGCACGUGAACUCUUGGGCCAAAGCUGCGUCUUCUGGAACCACGGCAAGCGAAGGAAGUAGCGACAGUUCCGGCAGUCACCACGAAGGGGGCUCCGGGAGGGAAGGAGCAGAAGGCCGGAGGCGAGAGAAAGGGAUCCUAGACCAAGGGCAUAUCCAGUUGCCAAGGAACGAUCUGGACCCAAGAGUCUUGUCUAAUACUGGUUGGGGACAGACUCCCGUAAAGCAAAACACUGCCUGGGAAUUUGAGGAGUCCCCUAGGUCUGAGAGGAAAAAUGACAACGGGACAGAGGCCUGGGGCUGUGCGGCUCCUCAGCCUUCACACUCAGGGGCGAAGAGUGAUGGGUCCAUCGUGAGCAGUACAAAUACCUCUGCAGUAUCCGGGUGGGUCAGCUCACCGCCUGCUGCUGCGCCGGCGAGCACAGGGUGGGGGGACGGCAGCAACAAAGCGCCAAAUGGCCCGGGGGUCUGGGGGGACUCGAUAAGCUCUACUGCUGUUAAUAAUGCUGCUGCUGCUGCUGUCGCCAAGAGCGGCCACGCUUGGAGUGGGACCGGAAACCAGGAGGACAAGUCGCCCACCUGGGGGGAGCCCCAGAAGCCCAAAUCUCAAACCUGGGGAGACGGACAAAAAUCCAAUCCGGCCUGGAGCGCUGGAGGGGGAGAUUGGGCGGACUCGUCUUCCGUCCUCGGACACUUGGGGGACGGGAAAAAAAAUGGCUCUGGAUGGGAUGCCGACAGUAAUCGGCCAGGGUCUGGUUGGAACGACGCUACCAGGUCUGGGACCAGUGGCUGGGGUAAUGGCACAAACGCAAAGGUGAAUCCAGGGACAAACUGGGGAGAGUCUUUAAAACCUGGCCCCCAACAGAACUGGGCGGGCAAACCCCAAGACAGCAAUGUGAGUAACUGGGGAGGAGCCGCUUCCGUUAAGCAGACGGGAACCGGGUGGAUCGGGGGUCCGGUCCCUGUCAAACAGAAGGACAACAGUGAGGCCACGGGCUGGGAGGAGCCUUCUCCGCCAUCCAUUCGACGCAAAAUGGAAAUCGAUGAUGGUACCUCAGCUUGGGGCGACCCGAGCAACUACAAUAAUAAAACUGUAAACAUGUGGGAUAGAAACAACCCGGGCAUGCAGAGCAGUACCACGGCCGCCGCCACCACCACCACCACCACCACCACGAGCAGCAGCACGGACGUGGUCGAGACGCCGCCGUCACACCAGGCCGGCGCCCACCUGAGUCGAUCGCCGCUGCUCGGUCCAGUCUCAUCAGGCUGGGGAGAGAUGCCUAACGUCCAUUCGAAGGCUGAGAGCUCUUGGGGAGAACCGUCCUCCCCCUCUGCCCUGGUUGACAACGGCACCGCAGCGUGGGGCAAGCCGCCCAGCAGUGGCAGCGGAUGGGGGGACCAGCCCGCGGAGCCGCCCGUGACCUUCGGGAGAGCCGGCGCCCCCACUGCCGCCCCGGCCCUGUGCAAACCAGCUUCGAAAUCUAUGCAAGAAGGCUGGGGCAGUGGUGGGGACGACAUGAACCUCGGUGCCAGUCAGUGGGAAGACGAAGAAGGGGGCAUGUGGAACAGUGCUGCUUCCCAAGAAAGCGCGUCCUCCUGCGCCUCCUGGGGGAACGCCCCCAAAAAAGGACUCCCAAAGGGCAUGAAAACGUCUGGCAAGCAGGACGAGGCCUGGAUCAUGAACCGGCUGAUCAAACAACUCACGGACAUGGGCUUCCCGAGAGAACCAGCUGAAGAGGCCUUGAGGAGCAACAAUAUGAAUCUUGACCAGGCCAUGAGCGCCCUGCUGGAAAAGAAGGUGGACGUGGACAGGCGUGGACUGGGAGUGACCGACUACAAUGGAGGGGUCACCAAAGCCCUUGGCUGCCGCCCACCAGUCUCCAAAGACUCUUCCGGGGACCGCCCCACCUUUCUUGACAAGGACGGCGGCCUGGUGGAAGAGCCCACGACUUCACCAUUUUUGCCUUCACCAAGCCUGAAGCUCCCCCUUUCAAACAGUGCACUCCCUAAUCAGGCCCUGGGUGGGAUUGCCUCAGGGCUGGGCAUGCAAAACUUGAAUUCUUCUAGACAGAUCCCGAGUGGCAAUCUGGGUAUGUUCGGCAGCAGCGGAGCAGCACAAGCCAGGACCAUGCAACAGCCGCCGCAGCCGCCCGUGCAGCCUCUGAGCUCCUCCCAGCCCAGCCUCCGCGCUCAAGUGCCUCCGUUUCUAUCCCCUCAGGUUCAAGCACAGCUUUUGCAGUUUGCAGCAAAAAACAUUGGUCUCAACCCUGCACUAUUGACCUCGCCGAUCAAUCCUCAGCAUAUGACGAUGUUGAACCAGCUCUAUCAGCUGCAGCUGGUGAGUGGACAGAUCCGUUCAGCUCCUAGAACUAAGGAAGGGCGCCACCUGGGGACCCCUUCGAAUUCGCGUCUCUGCCACCAGGUCGCGCGCACAAUCACUAACCUGCAACAGCAGAUCCAGCAGCACCAGCGCCAGCUGGCCCAGGCCCUGCUCGUGAAGCCGCCGCCACCCCCGCCGCACCUGUCUCUGCACCCCUCUGCAGGCAAAUCGGCCAUGGACAGCUUCCCCCCUCACCCCCAGGCCCCCGGCCUGCCUGACCUGCAGACCAAAGAGCCGCAGUCUUCACCCGGCACCUUUGCUCCCUACCCUCUCGCUGGACUGAACCCAAACAUGAAUGUCAGCAGCAUGGACAUGACUGGCGGUUUGUCAGUGAAGGACCCGUCUCAGUCCCAGUCCCGCCUCCCUCAGUGGACACACCCCAACCCGAUGGACAACCUGCCCGGUGCUGCUCCUCCCCUCGACCAGAACCCCAGCAAGCAUGGUGCUAUCCCUGGAGGCCUGAGCAUCGGGCCUCCAGCUAAGUCCUCCAUUGACGACUCCUAUGGCCGGUACGAUUUAAUCCAGAACAGUGAGUCACCAGCCAGUCCUCCGGUAGCUGUUCCCCAUAGCUGGUCACGUGCCAAAUCUGACGGUGAUAAAAUCUCGAAUGGCUCCAGCAUCAACUGGCCCCCAGAAUUCCAUCCUGGAGUCCCGUGGAAAGGACUUCAGAACAUAGACCCUGAGAACGACCCCGACGUCACUCCGGGAAGUGUCCCCACCGGGCCCACCAUCAAUACCACCAUACAGGACGUCAACCGCUACCUCCUCAAGAGUGGAGGGUCCUCCCCACCGUCAUCUCAGAGUGCCGCGCUGCCUUCCUCGAGUGCCUGGCCGCUCAGUGCCUCCGGCUACGGUCGCUCCUUCAGCAGCAUCGCGCCGGCGCCUAGCAUUGCAGGUAAACUGUCAGACAUUAAAUCGACGUGGUCCUCUGGCCCUGCCUCCCACACGCAAGCCUCUCUGUCUCACGAACUGUGGAAGGUGCCCAGAAACACUACUGCACCCACGAGGCCGCCUCCAGGGUUAACCAAUCCCAAGCCUUCCUCCACCUGGGGAGCCAGCCCCCUCGGCUGGACCAGCUCUUACUCCUCGGGUUCCGCGUGGAGCACCGACACCUCAGGAAGGACAAGCAGCUGGCUCGUUCUCCGCAACCUCACGCCCCAGAUCGAUGGCUCUACCCUACGGACGCUGUGUUUGCAGCACGGGCCUCUCGUCACAUUCCACCUGAACCUGACCCAAGGCAACGCCGUGGUCCGCUACAGCUCCAAGGAGGAAGCCGCCAAGGCCCAGAAGUCCCUGCACAUGUGUGUUCUGGGAAACACUACCAUCCUGGCCGAGUUUGCCGGCGAAGAAGAGGUAAAUCGUUUCCUGGCCCAAGGCCAGGCGGUGCCGUCCACCUCCGGCUGGCAGUCGGGCACCGGGGCCGGCCAGGCGCGGCUGGGCGCCUCGGGCGGCUCCCACGGCCUGGUGCGGAGCGACACCGGCCACUGGAGCGCCCCGUGUCUGGCCGGCAAAGGGAGCAGCGACCUGCUGUGGGGCGGGGUCCCCCAGUACUCAAGCAGCCUCUGGGGCCCUCCCAGCAGUGACGACGGCAGGGUGAUCGGAAGCCCCACCCCGCUGAACACGCUGCUGCCCGGCGACCUUCUCAGUGGGGAAUCCAUCUAG